AUGGAGAUAGUGUACGUUUAUCCAAAGAAGCGGAGUGAGUUUGGCGCGCAGUGUAACUUUUCUGACCAAGCUGCCCAGGCUAUUGUUGAAUUUCUACCGGACGAGGAACUUAAUGCAGAGUAUGUGGAGAAGAAUCCAAUGGACAGGGGGAUACAGUUGUGGUCGGGACAUGUCAUGAGCAUGAGUGUCAGUAUGUACAUUAGCGUUAACACAGAACGGUUUGAGACAGAUGUUCAUGGUGUCAACCACCUUGAGGGAGGCUGGCCAAAAGAUAUUAAUCCUCUAGAGGUUGAACAAACAAUUCGCUUCAGAAAAAAAGUGGAAAAAGAUGAUAACUACACAAGUUCAAUACUCAACUUGGGCAGUGUAAUGGAGCAUUGCAUUAAGCAGAACAAUGCCAUUGACAUUUAUGAAGAGUACUUUGAAACUAUUGAUUCUGGAGAUGUGGCAGAGGUACCUUAUGCAAAAACGAUCAACAUCUUUAGAGACCCAAAUGAACAUAAGAGGUCAGCCACACAUCUUUCCUUUCCUGAUGGUUCAAGGAAACUUGGUGCAUACUCAAAUCUUGAAUUUGGGAAAUUAAACAGUGAAAUAUGUCUAGAGUCCUAUAUUUGGGAUAUAGAGAAUCCCAACAGACCAGAGCUGAGUCUAAAGCCUAUGUCACCGCUCGUGUGUCUCGAGUAUAACCCGAAGGAUUCUCACAUAUUAAUAGGUGGCUGCUACAAUGGACAAGUUGGUUUUUGGGACACCCGGAAAGGUUCGCAGCCUGUGGAAAUAUCUCAGGUGGAGCACAGCCACAAGGAUCCUGUACAGAAGGCAAUCUGGUUGCAGUCUAAAACUGGCACGGAGUGUUUCUCAGCAUCUACUGAUGGACAGGUUCUGUGGUGGGAUACACGAAAGUUGGGUGAGCCUACAGAAAGACUUAUCCUAGAUCCAACUAAAAAGGGAAACAUAAAUUUAGCUCAAGGAGCAUUAGCACUGGAAUAUGAGCCUACUGUCCCAACAAAGUUCAUGGUCGGAACAGAGCAGGGAACAAUCUUGUCAUGCAAUCGCAAAGCAAAAACACCAAAUGACAAGAUUGUAGCCAUAUACUCAGGUCACCUUGGGCCUAUUUAUGCGCUGCAGAGAAAUCCAUUCUUUCUUAAGAAUUUCCUUACUGUUGCCGACUGGUCUGUCAGGGUUUGGUCUGAGGAUAUUCGAGACACAUCUUUGAUGUGGUCCAGAUACCAGAAAUAUCGCUUUACGGAUGGAUGCUGGAGCCCAACAAGGCCUGCUGUUUAUUACACAACGGGUACUAAUGGCACACUCGAUGUAUGGGAUUGCAUAUUCAAACAGAAUGAUCCCACACUCAGCAUUCAGGUGAGUGAUGAUGCACUUGAAUCGGUAAGAGCGCAGGACAAUGGCAGGUUUGUUGCUGUUGGAUCACAGACAGGCAGCACGACACUGUUGGAACUGUCCCGCAGCCUCUACACCCUACAGAAGAACGAGAAGUCCCUUGUUACCGCUAUAUUUGAGCGGGAAACGAGGCGAGAGAAAAUACUUGAAUCACGGCAGAGGGAGUUGCGACUUCGUGAGCGUGUGCGCAGUGGUGUGGGAAGUGGUGACCCUGAGCAAACACAUGGUGCUGACGAGGAAGAGGAGGACCUCGUUAGCCGGGCAACAAAGGAAUUUGACUCGACUAUCGCUACAGAGCUGAAGAAGCGUGGCGAUAAGGACAUUAUAAGGGCAGAAUUGCUGGAGGACGAGAAGGAUGAGAAGGAAAGUGUCACUAUUGUUGUUAGUGAAGACUGAAGCCAAUCUGAAUCCUACUAAGCAGUGGAUCCACGUGAGGUUGGGCGUGGAUACAGUACCACAUGCAAGUGCUAUGCAACGAGACCAGAGAGAGAGAGAGAGAUAUGGCAAGGUGGUACACACCAGGCAAUUGGCACAAUAUAAAGGGGUGGAUGAAUGUGUAGUAGUAGACAGGGUAUUUAUGCAAGGGCCAUUGUUACAUAUGAACACGUGGCAUAUAACAUGUUAACAGUGCACACGCUUAGAGAGGACAGACAUCUACUACUUUGUACAUAAUUUAAUUGUAUUACUACCCUGCACAUCUCUGUCAACUCGUUUGUUUAGAUUUAAAAUGCUAGUUUCUGUAUGUGGCAGACGUCUUGGUGUUAUUUAGUGGAAAAUGUCAUAAACAAAUAAGAUUUUUAAACCUGAAAACCGAAGUAGUCAUUUUAUUACUGUAAUUUUUAUGGUGAAUGUAUAUAGUUGUGGUAAUAA